AUGGAUGAUUUUCUUUGGCGUCCAUAUUUUAGAUAUGCUGAUAACUGCGGUGUGUUUUAUCCAAAUGAUGCGCUUUUGGUACCAUUUAAGAAAGAUUUGGAUAAGCUAAUGCUCUCAUUUGUUAUAUGCUUGAGAGUUUCCGAGCUUGUUGGAUUCGACUCUAUAGAGCAGUAUUUGCCACAUAGAGUUGCUAUGCAAUUUGAAAUGGAUCAAGAUGUUCCAACUUAUGUGCCUAGAUUCAAUGAGACUAAACUCAUGGCUUGGAAAAACUAUUGUAGGCUUAUAUCUGAUCAAAAUUUGUAUUUUCCACCAAGACUUUUUGAGGCAGAUGUUACCACACGAUAUACAAUGUGGUGGAAGCAAUCGGUAUUGGGUCAUGUCGAUUUUGUUCAGAACAUUGUGAAGCGGAAGAGAAGUCAAAGUUCAAGGAAGUACAGAUCUCAUGUAGGAAAAAUUGACAGAAGUUGUAAUGAUGUUGGUUUUCCACCUGAAUUUCCUCCCAAUCUUGUUGACCUUCUUAAUGUUGGAAAGCUUUGUGUUGAUGUUCCUGCUGAAAGUUCUGCUGAUGAUUGUAUGAUAGCUGAUGAACAUAUUCAUGCUCCUUCCAUGUCUAUUGAGGAUUGUAAGCCUGUGUUAAAAUCUAAGUAUUUAAUCAACCAAUGUUCUCCAUCCUCUUUAGAAGAUUUUGAACUUUCAAUAGGGAGUUUGGAGGAAGAUUCUGAAGAUGCAAAUCGAAGCAAAGAAGCAAGGAUUUAUGGUGACAGAGUCUGUUUAUCUGAGACUCAAGGUGAAAGCAAACACUUUUCUAUGAGGAAAAAAGUCUCUUCAUUCAACAAUGUAACUGUCGUGGAGCAAGAUCUUCAGUUUCGCUCUGAUAUUUCUGCUCACGCAGAAGCUGAAGAAGUGGUUGAAGAAAAAGGAAGAAAAGAAAGUGAUCAUGAUGUUCUGGUUUGGUUAAAAGAGCAACACUUGAAGGAUCAAAAGGAACUUAGGCGUUUGGCAAGACAACAAGAAGAGAUGUUUCAGUUAAUAGAUUUGAAGGAGAAGAGGGAUGAAGAGUUGAGGCAUCUUCUCACUAGUUUUCUCAAGAAUCAACAACCACCAUCGUCUUCUUAA